CUCUGUCUAGUCAUGUUGUCAUAAAAUAUAUUGUAUUUUAUGCCAAAGAAUACAUCCAAUGGUGGAACGGCAGUUUAAGGGAGAAUAAUUGCCGCUUGGUUGCGUAGCGUAUUUCUUCAGCAGAGUUCACCCAACGGCCACGUGCAUGUCUCAACAAACGAAUUGUCACGAUGUUGGUGGAAGCCAAACGAACAUUGUCUCUGCACGAAGUAUGCAUCUAUUAAAUGCCAUUGCAACUGCGAUCGCAACGUCCACGUAUGACAAUAGCGAGACACUCGGUAUCUAACUCACGCGAAUAAGAAUAAUACAGCAUCACCUAACAAAUUAUCAACAGAAUUGCUGAAAACAUCUCAAAAUAUUUUCAUACAAAUAUCAUUCAUGUCUUUCAGGGUGGACUUUUCCUUUAACCGUGCUUCCUACAGACUUAAACAUUUUGCCAAAUACAAAUUUAUAACAUGCACUGUUCUUAUUACAUUUUGAACAUGGCGAUUUAUCAUUUGUGUAUAAAAUAACUUUUUAUAAAAGAUCCAACUGAAAUGUAAAAACACUGAUGAGCAAUAAAGAACUGUAAUGGAUUUCACACUUGGUGUAAAUGUGCAAGUGUAAUGGAGAUAAUUAUUCUUAGCCUCGUGUGAUUUGUAUGUGAGGAUGAGGGAAAGUGUGUGUGAGUGCACACUCAAUUGUGUCACUGGCGUUUGAAAUGGCACCUUGGUGUUCAAAGUCGAGUCGGGUGGCCCAAAGUGAGCGUGUCCUAAAUCUAACAUGUCAGUGAAGGUUUUAAGAGUCGAGUGACGGAGAAAGCGGGACAAAGAGAACGAGACGGUUGGAUAGAAAAGACGGGCGCUUGGCAAGAAAGCUCACUGAAGCAGAGAUCUCCAACAUAUAAACUCUUGACACUUAUCAAAAACGCUUUGCAUGAAGGACAGAAUUCCAAACUCUGGAUGGAAACAUUUAAAAGCGAUCUGCAUUGCAGAUGAAGGAAACCAGGAAAGCUGCGAUUGCGUUUCCGGAAACUUCCGUUCAGUUUUACGGACGUGGAGCUUUGACAGACCAACAGGAUAGCUCUUUUCCGUGAAGAUUUGGAUAAUGGCAUGGUUUAAGACUCGUUCAUUGAUCUUUCUAAGGACUAGUCAACCAUGUCUACAACUCUGGCGUUUUAAGUGAAAAAAGAGCAGUCUGAGCAUUAACUUUGCAUCCAUUUACAACUGGACCUUGGACUUGCUGGAUUUGUAAAGAGAUGGUCCCCACCACUUCCCACUAAACCAUUGAGAUUUUUUUUUUGUUUAGCCUUUGUAGUUGUGCCAUUCUGUGGAUCAUGAGCUUGGUGGACAAUGCCAGCAUCCCUGUCCUUUCCAACUCGGGCAACAGUAGAACAGGAAGUGGCUCAAGCGGAGGUGGAACUGACACCAUUUGGGUAACUCCUCUUCUUGGUGCUACCCUGAUCACCAUGUGCAUCUUUGGUGUGGUGGGAAAUGUUUACACGCUGGGUGUGAUGCGCUCUGUGGUUUUGCGUCGCUCUGGUUCCAUGUAUGUUUUCAUUGUCAAUCUGGCAGCAGCUGACCUGCUCUACCUGGCCACCAUCCCAUUUGUGGUAUGCACCUAUUUUGUCCACGACUGGUUCUUCGGUGAGACUGGUUGUCGGGUUCUGCUUAGUCUUGACCUGCUCACAAUGCAUGCCAGUGUCUUUGCCCUUGUAGCUAUGAGCCUGGAACGUUACCAUGCCGUGGCAUCGCCAUUCCGUGCUCGUCGCUCUGCCACUGACUCCACCCGACGCCACUGGCUUGCAGCUCUUGCCAUCUGGGGUGCUGCUUUAGCGCUUACACUACCCAUGAUGAUGAUGAUCAGGCUGCGAGAGGGGCGUCCAGGAGCCUCCGGUCUCAUCAAGCGCAUCUGCUUUCCCACAUGGACUCCUGAGGCCUUCAAAGCCUACCUCACUAUUCUUUUCUUCACGAGCAUGUUGGUGCCAGGGCUAGUCAUGGUCGUGCUGUAUAUAGGGUUGGCACGACGCUACUGGGUAAUGCAGUCCAACCUCACACAUGGAGCAGCAGGAAACAAGAAGAGCAUCUGCCUUUCGACCUCUUUUUGCCCCUCUAGGCGGAAAAGGCUUAAGCACAAGGUGGUGUGCAUGAUCUUCAGCAUCGUGGUGGCCUAUUGGGCAUGUUUCCUGCCUUUUUGGGGCUGGCAGAUGGCCAAACUGUUCUCACCCGAAUCCCUGCGCUCAUUGACACCUGCCACGCACACCUAUGUCAACUUCUUUGUUACGUGCCUUACAUAUGGCAACAGUUGUGUGAACCCGUUGCUCUACACGUUGCUCACCCGCAACUAUAAAGACUACUUGGCACAAAGGGGACUGGCCUCAGGCUCCUGCCGUAUUGACCAGGGCUCAGGGUCAGGGAUCAAUGAUCUGGAGAUGAAAUCAUCCCUGAGGUGAAUGGCUGACAUGGAUAAUUUCCUAAUGUUAUACCACAACCACAUUUGGUUAUAUCACAUGUUCCCAACUCUGGUCCUUGGGCACAAAGGCUAAAAUGUACUACAGGGUCAGUGGGUUCUCCAAGACCAGGGUUGGGAACCUGUGGGUUAUGUGACCAUAUAGAGCAGUAAUUAUGAACCCUGGUCCUGUAGCCUACUUGAUCUGAAUCAAGUUGCUCAAACUCACCUAAUUUGGCGAAUACACGAAUUACCAGGUCUGUUGCAAGCAGGUGUUUAGUGCAGGAGUAUUCAAGUCAUAUGAAGUUCAACACAGUAGAAGGGCACCAAAUACAAUGAUUGGGAACCAUUGCUACAUAGAUUAAGCAAUAACUUGAGCGACACCCAGAUCGCUUUAAAUCAGUUUAACGUUUUUUGACAAAUGUUGGUAUGUAAUGGACAUCUGAUGUGAUGGACGGCUGAUGAGUUCAAUAACUUGCAUGCUACAACCUUCUGAACAUGUACA